AUGGCUCAUCUACUCCAUCUACUUCUAACCGUUGCUCUAAUUUUCGCCAUCCUGCAAGUAGAUGCACAAAAUGUAUCUCCAGAUCUUGCCAAACACUUCAAGAACGAUUCUCAAGAUUUUUACAACGUUGCUCCGGAUGUUUGCAAACAGGAUCCACAAUUUUUGACAAUGUAUUUGUGUAUGGGAAACUUGAUCAAUGGACAAAACUGCUCUGAUAUCGAAAAUUCUACACACAUCGAAACAUAUUUGAAGGAAGAAGAUCGAGAAAGAGAUUUGGAUUUGAUAUUCCUCCACGAUGUCUGCAUGUUCUCCCAAAGAUUCUUUGAAGAAGUUUUCGACGAUGCUCUUGACUUCGCCAUAUUCACCGACCGAAUCAGUGUUCUACCAGAGGAAGCCCAAGAUAUUCGAAAUAUGACUGGACCUGGAAUCGUCAGAGCUAUGCUUAGACUCAUCUCAAAUAAUCUCGAUGUAUUCAGAGAUAUUUGGAAACUUUCCUGGAAUGGAUUUUGA